CUUUUGUUCCAAAAAUACGUUCACAAUCGCACUAAAUCUCGAUCAGUCGUAAAGGGGAGAGAGAAUGUCAACAUCAGGAAGCGAUCCAAGGUUACCAUCGGCGGCGAAGCCAUUCAACAGAGCUCCUCACGAUGUUCCCCCGGAACUCCCCGUCGAUUACUCCGGCUUUAUCGCCGUCUUAUUCGCCGUCAUCGGUGUCAUGCUCAAGUAUAAGUUGGGAUCUUGGCUCGCUAUAGUCUUUUGUGCACAAUCACUGGUGAACAUGAAAAAUAUGGAGAAUGAUCUUAAGCAAAUUUCCAUGGCUAUGAUGUUUGCAAUAAUGGGAUUGGUGACAACUUACAUGGGGCCGCGACCAUCAAGCGCAAAAGCAUGAUAGUGCUUUAGUUUUCUUGCUUACAACUAGUACCCUAAACUUCUACAGUUUUGGAAGUCUUGUAGCAAUACGAAGUGUUACUUGUUACACACUUACACCCUUGUGAAAUUUAUUUUCCGUUUAGGCAGACCAAAUCAUUGUAAAGGUGGUGCCCCUUGUUAAGCAAAUGUUGUGAUUAUGGUUUGGAUGGAAUGGGGAUAAUUUCAAUCUACAGCGAUUUUCAGAUCUCA